AUGUUCAGCCAAGACUUUGUUGAGAGUGGGAAAGUCGUCAACAAACUCUUCGCCAUGAUUGAAUCGAUGCUCGAUGAGGAUGAAAACGCUUUGAUUUGCGUCUUUAUUGAUGAGAUAGAAAGCCUAGCCGGCAAACGUCAGUACCCUGGCAGCUCUAACGAGCCGCAAGACUCCUUGAGAGCUGUUAAUGCAUUGCUGAUCGCGCUUGAUCGGCUACGGUGCAGACCUAACGUCUUACUCUUUUGCACGAGCAACUUGAUCGAGGCUGUGGAUCCGGCAUUUAUUGACCGCAUCGACAUGAAACAACAGAUUUCAAAUCCUGGUCCAAGAGCUAGAUACGAGAUUCUGCGUUCCUGCUAUCUUGAACUUGGUCAAUGCGGAAUCAUAGCUCCAGUCCGUCAGCCCCUAGAAGCUGCUACCCUCGAGCAACCAUCACAAGAAAUGCUGCUGGAUGGAGAUGAGGACGAGCUCGCGAGCGGGUGGGCCUCCCUCAUACCUUCCUCAUCCUCUUCGUCUUCUCCGGAUAGAUACUACACUCCGUUUAGCAGCCCGCCACCUCCGCACCACUCAACCAAGGCUCCUAGGUCUCAAGUUGAUUUCCAUGUCGUCGACGACAGAGAUCUACCGCCUCACCACCUCAUGAUGCUGCAUUUCCCCGCCGACGAAGCGUCUCUGCCUCGAACAUUAUGGAAGGUCGCAGCGAAGAGUACGAACUUUAGUGGGCGAACCCUACGGCGUCUGCCUGUCCUGUCUCUAGCUAUGUACACGACGCAGGACCCGUGUCCCAUCGAUGAAGCUCUCAAUGCGCUUUCAGAAGCUGUCGAUAACGAGUCGUUACGGGAACAGAAAGAUAGUACAGGAGAGACCAAGAUGCUCGACUGUUGUUAG